GCCCAGCUAUCGAGGAGCCUGCACUGGAAGGGCUACCGCCGAUAUUACCGAGUACGAGCGAGAGGAUGGAGGCCGAGGCGUCGACUCUGGAAGGCCCAGGGCCGGGAGUGAGAACAGCCCCAAGAGAGACCCACGAAGAGAACUCCGCCCGAGUGCGGGGCUGUCUGGACGAAAUACACUCGAGACAGGCUGAGAUGGAGGCGGCGGGGAUAGAGUCGCCGCCGCCUGUCAAGCCCAUGACGAGCGAGCAGAGGAUUGACGAGUUGUGGGCCAGAUACGAGAGCCAGAGGGAUGCGGCCCGCCAGAGGUCACGAGAGACGGGGCAGGCGGACGAGGAGGCGGGUGAGCUGAGGGAGAUGGGAGACUUGGGUUUCUCUGCGACUAGGAUGCCGGUUGAGCGAGUGGAUAGGAAGAUAUGCGAGACGACAGUUACAUCCUUCCAGUGGUAUAAUCAACUUAGCAACGAGCUCAGGAUCAAAGAGUUGGAGGUGGAACACCUGACUACUCAGCUUGCCAAGGAGAGGGCGAGGAGCCAGGCCAGAGAAGUUGAGUGGGAUAGGAGAUUUGGGGAGAUGGCGAAUAAUGUGGAUAGGCUCUCGGCAGCCUGGGAGGUUAGCCAGGCGGGACGAGCCGGUGCCGAUGGCCAGAGCCGAGGGAUGCAGGCUUCGCCAAGUCAGGGAGCAGCGGUGGAGGCCCCUCGACAUGCCGAGCAAAUGAGGGAGGUGCCCUUGGACACGGCCGAGGAGGAGGGUGGCGCACAGGAGUCGCGUAUGGCUAUGUCCAUGGAGAGGAGGGGCACGCGUUUGCAUGAGCUGGCGGCAGCCAUGGGGUUUGAUACCCCACAGGAGAGGGCUCAGAGACUCGACACUCCAGAGUACGCCCCGAGGUUGGGAGAGCUAAGGGCGGGGCUGGGCUCUUGGGCCACAGGGACGGACUCGGGAGGACCUGAUUCAGGGCGGCAGCAGCAACAGGAGGUUACUAGUGAGCCGGCCGUCGUGGCAGGCUCUCAGUCGUCAGGAUCAUGUGGGGGUGUGGUUGUGAAAGAGGGGCCUCAUGAGGAGGGACCCCGAGAGUUUGACACGUCAGACUAUAGGCCUGUGAGCACAGUUGUAUGAGAGGGUGGGGAUGCCGAGGCUCUGGAGACC